CGGCCCGGGCCGAGCGAGUUGGGAACUUAGGCGCGGACGGCGCCGGGACGGCCCUUUCCGCCGCCUGCCUUGCACCCGCGGGUGCAGCGCGCUGGGAAAGUUGUUCCGCCGCCCCUGGGAAGACGGCGGUGCGCUCGCCGCCCGUUCAGCUCGCUCCUGCCCACUGGCGAGCCAUGGGCUCCGGGCUCCUCUGAAGCUGAGCUCAAGAACCUGGCAGGAGGAGGAUGGGGGACGUGGCAGCCACACCGCUCCCCCUCCCGAAGCAUAUUCUGGAUGUGUGGGUCAUCGUCCUCGUUAUUCUGGUCACCGUCGUGAUCAUGACGUCCCUGGUCUUGUGCCCGGCAACAGCUGUGAUCAUCUACAGAGUACGGACACACCCGAUGCAUCAGGGGGCUGUGUGAGCCCUGCCCUCUUGCUACUUUGGUCCUGCUGUUGAGAAACGUGGACUGAAAAGGACAAAGGGAAAGCAGUUGAUCAGUCAGGCUGUCCUCACAAGUCCAGGAUUUUAUUUCUGCCUGUGGAAUCUGCUUGGGUGGCAUCGGAAUCCAGUUGUUCUUAUUGUGGUUCUUGGAGUGUACUUUAAUAGAAAUGGUUCUUCAUGUGUACUGAACUUUCAAAGGUCCAAGGAGACUGCAGAACCUGGUGGUAGAAGAGAAAUGUGAAACAUCUGACAACAAAGCCCUUCAAACUGUUUCCAGAAGUGGCUGCUGUGGAAGAAUCCACAUACAAACGGCCAUCUUCUCCUCUUAAGAAUCAGCUGGAGGAUGCAUAGUUGUUCUGCUCUGGCCCAAGAUCCUGCCAGUAAUGCGAACAGCAGCCAUUCAGAAAGGAAAUUGGGAAGGCAAAAUGCCAUGGAUGCAGACGUCACUGUAUUUGCAGUAUACCACUUGAGAAAGAUACAUUCAACCCAACAUAUUUAUAUUUAAGAAGCAUAGCAACAUGUAAUAGGAGGGACAGCAAGACGUGACCCAAGUAAUUUUCUGCAGCGACCAGUUUAGGAUGUGGUAUUGAGAUGAGAAAGUAAAAGGUUAUUUCAUUUUGUGAAAUCAUGUGAUCCGGCAGUAUAUAAAAUAGACUGGAAGAGCCUAUUGUGAUUCUAUCUAAUGAAAGGAAACUUGAGAUGAAUAAAGAUUAGGGAUCUUUUGAGCUGUGGGGUGAUGCAAGUCGUGUUUUUCUCACUUCAUCCUGUUUGCAGGUGUUGACGUCAUCUCUCUGGUCGACUAUUUUUAAGUGCAUUCUUUUCCUAGUAAUGGGGUUAUUAGUAGUAUUAGACAUUUCAUCUUCUCUGAUAGCACUGAGCACUGGAUGGAAAGUGCUGAUAGGCUAGAUGUCUCCCCCCCCCCCACUGUACCCGCACCCCUCCCAACAUCGCUUCUGAGGCUUGGGAGAUCCUCCCGAGCACAUUUGCCAGUCGCACAGGAGGACUCUGGCAAUCCCAUUGUCAGGAUGAGCUUAUGCUCACACAAGGAUUGGGCUCAACACAAUUGCAUCAAGCAUGUCCCAGUUGCACCCGUGUCACGCAAGUCAUUCCUUUCCUCUCUUCCCCGGCUACUGCUGGCUUAGCCACUACUGAGGAAGCACCUGUCUGGUCUUGAUAAUCUUUCAUUCUCUCACACAGCAGAGUUUGCCAGCUCUUCGUUCAAAGAGAACUCCUGUGCCUUUACUAUCUAAGGAGAAGCUAUUCUUGUCCCUCUGCUGCAGCACUGGUAGAUGCAAAACUGAGACCAUUUCGUUCAUCAUUUUGUUACAGGGCACUGGACUGUCUUUGGUACCAGGUGUUAGUUGCUAUUGGAACCUGCCAUUACUCAUUCUGAACUCUGCUUACUGUUCAUUUUGCGGGGGGUGCUGUGCUUUUUUAAAGUAGCGACAGUAUUGAAGAAAUAUGAAGGAGAAAUAAUUUAUGUCACUUGUGUACACAUAAAAGGGAAGUAGAUUCUUUUCUAGUGAAUAUAUCAGCGGAAAACUUCUCCUGUUCAACUGUGAUAAGGUUGUUGUCAUUUUGUGCUCUUCUCUUAAGUACUGACUGUGCUCGCAAGCAUUGCUGGAUUAAUCAUUCCCAGUUUUGCUUGUGUUUGGGCCUGAAAAUUCUUAUGCUAGCCUUGUUGCUGCAGCGAAUCCUCAUCUUUCUGGUCCUGCUGGUUCUUGCUUGGCCCCAUCGGAGUAGUCAUGAGUGAAGCCAACUUCAUCAUUUUUUUGAUUUUAAUGAUUGUAAGCCGCCCCGAGGCUCAUGCAAUGGGGCGGCAUAUAAGUUGUUUAAAUAAAAUAAAAUAAAUCAUGCAACUGACAUUGGAGUCCCCAAGGGGGUGGUGAGGUGGUUUUGCCCCUGAAGUGUAGACAACUAUGGGGAACCUCAUCCCUGUUUCAUUAUUUUAUGGAGAAAUAAAUACAUAUGCCUUCAAA